GUGUGUGUGUGCAUGCUAACAGUGUGCCUUAUGGACAGAGGGGGCUUGAGUGACUGUUGACUAGCCGGCUAGUAGGUGGAGGAACAGUAAGAACACAGACAGAACUCCGUGCUUGUGUGAUCCAGUGUUUGUUGUGGAAUCUAUACUCUCAGACUAGGAGGUUCUGGGUGACGGUGGGUUGAAGGAGAGGGAUGUCUAAGAUGACGUUGUGGUUGGGCCUCCUACUGGCUCUCAGCGCAGGUCGUCUGGAUGCUUGGUUCUGGAACAAGGACCCUGAUCCUACUACCCAAGCCCCAACGAAGGCUCCGCCACUGGGCAAGGCAGGAGAACAGCCCAAGAGAGUAGAGAGUGGUGUGACUCUACUGCAGCUGAUCGGAGACCUGCCUCCUGAUGAUUCCCAGGCCGGUCCGGGGGGGAAACCCGCCUACUACUUCGGAGGGCAGGACGGGCUGACUGCUGCGGGACAGCCGGCCCUGGCCCACCUCCCCAACCCCUUCUACAGAGACUUCUCCCUGGUCUUCCAAAUCCUCCCCUCCAGCCCCGGGGUCCUCUUCUCCAUCACAGACGCCUCCCAGAAGUUCAUGUACGUGGGGGUGAAGCUGAGCGCCGGAGCUGACGGCAGGAAUCAGAAGAUUCUGUUCUACUACACAGAGCCCGACUCUGAGGCCUCGUACCUGGCCGCUAGUUUCACCGUGCCCUCCCUGGACCUAGUCUCCUGGACCAAGUUCUCUCUGUCCGUGUUCAACGACCAGGUGACCUUCUUCAUGGGGUGCGACGCCUCUGGGAAGACGGUGAAGUUGGAGCGCUCGCCGGAUGACAUGGAGCUGGACAGCGGGGCGGGCAUCUUCGUGGGUCAGGCGGGAGGCGCGGACCCUGACAGGUUCGAGGGGGCGAUCGCUGAGCUGAACGUGGUGGGUAACCCUCGAGCAGCUGAGCUACUCUGUGAAGAUGAUGAUGACUCAGACGCUGCCUCAGGUGACUUUGGCAGUGGGGAUGGGGACAGAAGAGAGACCGGCAAAACUACCACCCCUCCAUCUCUCCGACCGGUGCCAGAGCCCCCUCUGACAUCAUCAGUGAGCGACAGGCUCUCAGAGACAGGUGACGGGAAUCAUCAGACCUCAGUAGAGUCCAGACCAGGGUCAGGAGGUCAACCAGGCCCUACUGGUUCUAACGGAUUGAAGGGGGACAGAGGGGAGAAGGGCAGUCCAGGGGACAGAGGUCCCGUCGGGCCAAAGGGGGAAUCGGGGUCUUUCUCCAGCUCUGCUUCUUCCUCUGGCUCUUCAUCAGGCGGAGGAGAACGUGGAGAAAAGGGAGACAAAGGCUUGAAGGGCAGUUCUGGGUUUGGUUACCCAGGCUCCAAGGGGGACCGUGGUGUACCUGGUCCCCCUGGCCCUCCUGGCCCUGGGGGGCCAGCUGCCCAGGUUGUGAGGCUAGGGGACGGCUCUGUGGUGCAGCCAGUGGCUGGGCCAAUGGGACCGAUGGGGCCCCCAGGGGCCAAAGGACCAGCAGGACCCCAGGGACCAGAGGGAGAAGCGGGGGAUCCAGGAGAGGAUGGCAAAUUAGGACCUGCCGGAGACAGAGGGUUCCCAGGAACACAAGGAGACUCAGGGGUCAAAGGACAAAAGGGGGAUCGUGGUGAUGGUUACCCAGGACCCAGGGGUUCUCCAGGGCCACCUGGACCCCCAGGCCCAGGGACAGUUGAUCGCGCUACAUUUGUGGAUGUGGAAGGCUCCGGAGGAUUCCCAGAUUUGGAGAGAAUACAGACUCUCCGUGGUCUACCAGGCCCCCCGGGCCCACCAGGUCCCCCUGGCCCCUCAGCCGGUGGUGUCAGCUCCCAUGGGUCAGGCUCUUUCGGGCCCCCUGGACCUCCCGGACAGGACGGGGCCCGUGGCCUACCAGGGCCCGCUGGUCCACCUGGCAGGCCUGGAACCCCAGGACCCAGUAGCGGAGAGAAGGGAGAAGCUGGUGAUCUAGGUCUUCCAGGGCCCAGUGGAGAGAGGGGUUCUCAGGGUGACCCUGGAGUGCCUGGUCAGACAGGGCAGGGGGGCUUGGCUGGGCUUCCUGGGCCCAUGGGACCGAUUGGGACUCCAGGACCACCCGGACCCCCCGGACAGUCCUACCCUGUGCGUUAUGGUGACGGGGAGGGUUCCGGAGUGACGGGGGUCAAUGGUGUUGCUGGAGUGAUAGGGAUUCCAGGACCACAGGGUCCGCCCGGAAUCGCUGGCCUUCCAGGAAGAUCUGGUUUGCCUGGGCUUUCGGGAGAGAAGGGGAGCGAGGGAGCACGAGGACGGGAUGGAACACCAGGGAUGGACGGAUUCCCAGGACAAUUGGGAGACAAAGGGGAGAGGGGAGACAGAGGAGAAAGGGGUGAGCCAGGACGUGAAGGGGGGCCCCCUGGACCUCCGGGAGCCCCUGGCCCACCGGGACAGAUCUACCAGACCUCAGGCAGCUUUGAUGGAGUUCUUGGGAAUCAAGGACAGGGAGGACCAGGUCUUCCCGGCCGGGCAGGAUUCCCAGGGCCUAUGGGACCAAAGGGAGAUACAGGAGAGCCUGGACAGCCAGGAUACGCAGCUAAGGGGGAGAAAGGAGAACCUGGUAUUAGCAUGGGGCCUGAUGGAAGACCCCUGUACCUGGGAGGGCUGGGGUCUCAACCGGGAGAGAAGGGACUCCCGGGACCUGAGGGACCUCCUGGUCCCUAUGGUCCAGCUGGUCUAAAGGGAGAUAUAGGCAUGCCAGGUAGACCGGGCCGUCCUGGGUUGAAUGGUGUCAAAGGAGAGAGGGGGGAUUCAGCGGGAGGGACUGGAGGAUAUGGAGGUCCUCCAGGACCACCUGGCCCACCCGGACCCCCCGGGCCAGCAGUACCUCUGGACAGGUUCAAUCGGGAUGAUGUAUCACGGUUAUAUCCUGACUCCAAAGGAGACAAAGGUGAUCGUGGAGUACCAGGAAUACCCGGGGUACCAGGUCUCACGUCCAACUUUGACAUCUACACCUUCAAGAGGGAGAUGAAGGGAGAGAGAGGAGACUCUGGGAUGAAGGGGGAGAAGGGCGAGCCAGCCGGAGGAUAUUAUGGUGGCAGUUACGGUGGACAGGGUGGUCAACCUGGACCUCCAGGACUUCCGGGGCCAAAGGGAGAGUCCAUCAUCGGUCCUUCAGGGCCCCAGGGCCCUCCAGGUAACCCAGGAAGAGAGUACGAAGGCAGGCAAGGGAACCCAGGCCCACCGGGGCCCCCCGGACCUUCAGGAUCAUCCUCCUCGCCUGGAGCCUACAGGCCAACACAGACUAUCAGCAUCCCUGGACCUCCGGGCCCUCCUGGCCCACCUGGAACUGAUGGACACUCCUCUGGGGUGAUGGUGCUGAGGUCAUACGACACGAUGACAGCCACGGCCAGACGACAGGCAGAGGGGACGUUGGUGUAUCUGGUCGACCAAACAGACUUUUACAUCAGAGUACGAGAUGGCUUCCGGCAAAUCCAGCUUGGACCACACAUAGCUUUAACCCCUGACCAGGGUAAUGAGGUAGCAGCUGUCGACCCUCCUCCAGUGGUCUACUACCAGCCAGACCAUCCCUCUAACACGGCCACAGAGCAACCCCCCAGACAGCUAGACCCCCACCAGCCACAGCCUGAGGGACAACACCCUGUUCACCCCGACCCACGUUACCCGACUCACCCGGAUCCACGCUAUCCAGCCCAGCCUGAUCCACGCUAUCCAGCCCAGCCUGAUCCACGCUACCCAGCCCAGCCUGAUCCACGCUACCCAGCCCAGCCUGAUCCACGCUACCCAGCCCAGCCAGAUCCACGCUACCCAGCCCAGCCAGAUCCACGCUACCCAGCCCAGCCAGAUCCACGCUACCCCUCACAUUCAGACCCCAGAUACCCCUCACACACUGAUCCACGGUACCCCAGUUAUACAGACCGACAGCACAACCCUGACCCUGUCCAGCCCCAGCCAGCCCCUGUCCCACAGAACCCGGUUUACACAGACACCCGCUACCCUGUAACCCCACAACGCAGACCCAGACCCCCUGAGACCCCCAGCCACCAACACACGUCAGGCCCAAGCAUUCACCUGGUCGCCCUGAACGCCCCCAAGGGGGGUAACAUGCGGGGUAUCAGAGGGGCAGACUUCCUGUGUUUCAACCAGGCUCGGGCCAUCGGGCUGAAGGGAACCUUCCGGGCUUUCCUCUCCUCCAAGCUCCAGGACCUUUACAGCAUCGUCCGCAAGUCAGACAGAGACCGCAUGCCCAUCGUCAACCUAAAGGACGAGGUCCUGUUUGACAGUUGGGAGGCCAUCUUCAGUGACUCAGAGGGCAGAGUGAAGGACAACGUACCCAUCUACUCCUUCGAUGGCAAAGACAUUUUCACAGACGGCACAUGGCCAGACAAGAUGAUAUGGCACGGUUCCACCAGCAGGGGGCACGGCCAGGUGGAUAACUACUGUGAGACGUGGCGUAUAGGGGAGCGUGCGCUGACGGGCAUGGCCUCCUCUCUACAGGGGGGGCAGCUCCUCCAACAGAGAACCAGCAGCUGUCACAGCUCCUACGCCGUGCUCUGCAUCGAGAACAGCUACAUCGGACAGUUCAAGAGAUAGGACUGACCGACCAAACGCACACACACACUACAGCCAGAUCAAGAGAUAGGACUGACCGACCAAACGCACACACACACACUACAGCCAGAUCAAGAGAUAGGACUGACCGACCAAACGCACACACACACACUACAGGCAGAUCAAGAGAUAGGACUGACCGACCAAACGCACACACACACACACACUACAGCCAGAUCAAGAGAUAGGACUGACCGACCAAACGCACACACACACACACUACAGGCAGUUCAAGAGAUAGGACUGACCGACCAAACGCACACACACACACACACUACAGCCAGAUCAAGAGAUAGGACUGACCGACCAAACGCACACACACUACAGCCAGAUCAAGAGAUAGGACUGACCGACCAAACGCGCACACACACACACUACAGGCAGAUCAAGAGAUAACACUGACCGACCAAACGCACACACACACUACAGCCAGAUCAAGAGAUAAGCCCAAUGAAAAACACACACAAACACAUCAGCCAAUCCAGGAUGCCUAACAAAACGUACCUACCAGUGGAGGCUGGUGACUUAAAUAAAUAGGAGGAUGGUAGACCCAGGGUAUAGGUGUGGAGCGCACAGGGACAACAAAGUGUGUUUCAAAAAUCGUCAAUGACUAAUUAUUUCAACCUAAAGCAUUUAAUAAAGCCAUUUAUAGUACACUAUUAUGGGGAAUGGGAAUGAGGGCUACUUACAGUGUUGGAAAGGGACCACAGCAGUGAUUGAAUGAGGGUAUGAGGCAUGAGUUGAGGUGUUCAGAGGCUUGACCAGUGCAGGACAGGAUUUGCCUAAAAAGACAAACAAUAACACAACACACGACACAGUUAGACAAAAGGGCUAAGAAUGAGUUAGUCCAAGCAAGGAGUAAAAUGAUUGAUGUGUAAUAAUGUGAUUGUGUUUGUGAUUGACUCUACAUACAGUAAUGAGAGAACAUUGAUAGGGGGACUUACAGAGCUUGGAGAGGAAACAUUCAAUGUGCCAGUGGAUGAGCGGGAACAUGAGACAUGGAUUCAGUUCAUGUCAGGAGAUAGUUGACAAUGGUAGUGGAGUGAUCAUCACCUCUUAAUCAGGGAACAGGAGGGGACUUCCCUGGAAAUACAAAUAGCAGAUACAUUCCAUUACAGCUGCGCCGUCACAGGUUUGGACAACAAGUUUCUCUAUGAAGUUAAACUCCGACAUCUCAAAAUGCAUUAAGUCAAACACAGACUGCGGCGCAUCUCGCCCACUUCACACAUCAAAGUAGCCCAAGAAACGUUCCUGAUUAAAGCCCUGAUCAUCCACAUACCUGACCAUAACUGACAACUGCAAGCAGACUGGUGGCACCAUAGGUCUCAGAGCGUGGGGUAAUUUUUACCCCCUGGGGCCUGGAGUUUUUCCUUAUAUGGUAACCUAACUAGGGAAACUCUGGACCCAAUAAAGUAUGCCAGUGAUUAAUUAGUUGUAAAAAAAAGGUUGAUCAGACUGAAAUAUAGUCUCGUUUUCAUCCCAUACAACAUGUCCGAUUUCUAGCGUUUAGGUGUGCCUAGGCUGCUGCAACAUUUAUGUCAUGAGUUUUUACUUGUCCGGAGUGAUUGUGUUCUUUGCUCAAUAAAUACCGGUGGAAAGAGGAAAGCUUACUUGAGUGCACGUGAAGAAAAUGUGCUGUGUCAACCUCUCUCUUUAAUCGAAAUGUUUAUGGAUGAUGCGAUGAAGCUAUCAAAUCAUUCUGAAUUGUUUUCGACAUCCUAGAAAAAACAAGUCGAAAGGUCGAUAUGUUCAACAAGUAAAGCAUUCUGACGUGCAAUUACCUCUGCAAGCUCCUUGUUGCCCUUGUUGGCGGGAAUUUCCCCUCUCGUCAUGUCCUCUUGUCGAUGCAGCUUAUUCCCAGAAGCUUGAAUGUCGGCAUUUAUAUUCUCCCUGCUUUUGUUUUGCCGUUUAGCUGAACGAUCGAUGUUCUUCAGGUCACUGUACCCACCUUUUGACCAAGGCUCAGACUUUCCCUAAAGCAGGCAUGGCCAGCAAUACAGGCAGCUUGAUGAAAGGCUCCCUGUUACCAGCUUUACUUUUGAUACCAGUUGGUAUUGAACGCCCUCACCUUUUCAUCUUUCUUCAUGAAACUGAUCUCAGGCAGUGGUCGACCCUCCCUUUCCCGUGUACCCCAGAGAAUGAAACGGGUUCUUCAACAAAGUCCACAAACUGCACACUUCACGCUGGUAGAUAGCUAGCUACUGAAGUUAACGAGGCUGACUUUAAAAAUAAAGUUAAAUCAGUUGCUAGCUGGACACAAAAAUUUAAUUCUAAAACCAAGAAAACAAUUUACAUACCUCUUCUGUCUCCUGUCAUUUGAAAAAAAACAAAUUUGAAUUGAAUAAAAUACCAAAAAUGCUCAACUAUCACUGUUCACUCUUAAUCUCUAUCGGACAAUGUCACCAAGCUUCUCAACACAUAGAAUCCCCAUAAUGCUCUGUGGCACAAUCCCAAUACAACACACUGUUUGUUCUCUGAUCCUAAAAGCUUUGAUCGGUUGGAGGACUUCCUCCGGAAGUGGUCAUAAUUACCAUGUAUGUCUAUGGAAGAGGUUGAGGCCUACAUGCCUCCUAGGUUUUGUAUUGAAGUCAGAGGAGGAUGGAAGCUAGCUGUCCUCCGGCUACACCAUGGUGCUACCCCAGACAGUGCUUUUGAAGUUACUGUAGACCAUUGCAAAACAGUGUAUUUUAAUCUAUUAUUUGGUGACAUACGAAUAGAUUUAGUAUAGUUUUAUCUAAAAAGUAUAACUUUAAUGUUUCUAGUGUUUACAUUUUUAUGAAAUUCACUGAGGAUGGUCCUCCCCUUCCUCCUCUGAGGAGCCUCCACUGACACGCACACACACACACACACACACACACACACACACACACACACACACACACACACACACACACACACACACACACACACACACACACACACACACACACACACAAAAUGGUGCUUUGUAUAUAACAGCUACAUUCCCCUUCUCCAAUACACUCAGUCCAGCUGGCCAAAUAGGACCACAUGUCCAUAAUAUGGGGUUGAUCUAGAACAGCGACAACCAGGCUAAGAGAUGGACCCACCCUCCAAGCCACCCCCUUUUUACACUGAUCGCAGCUGACUAAACAGCCCACCCCGACCCCCUGCACAUACGUCUAAAUCGCUGUUCUGUAAACACCUCAAAGCUGUGGUUUUCAGUAGAGUUUGUAUUCAUUCCACUUCUCCUUUCACUGUCCACUUCAGAAAGCCAUGUUCAUUGGGGGUUAGAUAACAGACUAUCACAAUGUACAUUUUUUUUGUGGUCUUGCCCUCAAAAGCAUAAUACCUGCACUGUAGAAAGUCUAUAGCCUUUUAACAGUUUGCCCUAGAAUCAAACCACACCACAGACCACACCUACAGAUUAAACAGGACACUAAUUAUGUUCUCUAUGAUUCCAACAAGCUAAUUGUUGCAGUAUUGUACAUUAAAUGUUUAUUAUCCAAUGUUGUAAUUUUUGAUUCACUUUACAUUUUGUUGUAAUCAGUACAUAUAACCAGUUUUUGAAGCACUAUCUAUAACAUUGUCGUAAAUGUUGGAUGGUUUUAUUUUUCUAGCCGACAUCAAAAGGGAACAGGAUAUUUCAAAUGUUUUGAUAACAAAAGGAGUAUUUAUUUUGCGCUUAACAUUUUGUUAAGUAGUUUUAACAUUCACACUUUUCAGUCAUGUACUCCAUGGAUCUAUGUAUUGACAGAGGAAGAGAUGAGCCUGGGCUAAGAAUCAUGACAUUUUGUAUCAAAAAUCAAAUGACAAUGUUUUUGUUUUGCAAUGUCCUUUUGCGUUUCACAAUCCUCAAAAGUGCUUAAGUGUUUAUGUCUAUGCACUGUGAUGGAAAUUAAAUAAGGCUUUUAAUCCAAAGACCAAAGCAUUGCAGCUCACUGAAUGAACCGGUGUAUGACCCUGGUGAGGAGUUUCCUGAGGUGACAUGUACUGUGCCAUCUCUCUCAAUGUCAUCAACGUUUAUUAAAAAAACAAACAAAUGCUA